AUGGUAUCUGAAGAAGAAAAAACCGAACGAAUCGCGCAAUUCGUGGGAAUCACACAGUCCUCGCCCGAAGAUGCACAGGAUUGCUUGCUCCACACCGACUGGGACGUGGCUCAGGCUGUCGAUCUGUUCUUGUCGGCUAACGACGACCCCGAGGAGAACGAGGAGGAUGCUGAAAACGACGAUGCCGAGGACAUUGACGUCGAGGAGGACUCGGACGCAUACGCCAACCCCUCGGGUCUGGCCCCCAGUGGAAUUGCCGCCGGAAUCCAGGGCUUCCUCAGUGGCCUAGCUGGCAGAGAUGAUCCUGCUGCUGCUGCCUCUGAGCCACAGGGAAUCCUCAGCAACCCCCAGCCCUCUGGAUACAGACUCGGAGACGGUACCGGGUCGUCAACUCCUGUCAGCGGAGCCAGCAGUAGCACCACUCCUGCUCCUUCUGCCCCUGCCCCUGCUCCUGCUCCUAGAAGGGGCGUGGCGGGUGUCAGAACUCUGGGAGAUCUGUCGCGAGACAAUGCGCCUCCCAAGCGACAGGACCUAUUCACUGGAGGAGAAAAGUCGGCUCUGGCUGUCCAGAACCCCAACAGACCUGGCCAGCCGGGCAACCAGGGAGGCAACCCUCUGGUUAAUGAUAUCAUUCGACGAGCUGAGGCCAACCCAGCAAGACCUCGAGGUGAGAACGACGAUGAGUCAGAGGAUGAGGAACAGGUGGGAAGCUUCCACGGAACAGGGUUCACUCUGGGCUCCGACGAGGUCCAAAGCCGACCCGUGGAGUCUGCUCUCCCCACCUCUCUCCCCAAGGUCUCUCGAUCAAUCACCUUCUGGCAGAACGGUUUCACAGUCGAGGAUGGUCCUCUGUACAGAUACGACGACCCCCGAAACCAGCGGUACCUUGAGACCCUCAACCAAGGACGAGCUCCUCUGGCUCUCCUGGAUGUCCAACAUAACCAGGCCGUUGAUAUUAACGUGACGGACCGAAGUGAAGAGGCAUACGUGGAGAAGAAGCCUGUCUACGGAGGUUCUGGUAAUCGUCUCGGAUCUCCUGUUCCUGGGGAGCCUACCCCCUCCUCCUCCGCCACUCCGCCACCCUCCGCCCCUACUCCUGCUGCUACCUCAUCUGGUCCUUCAAACUCCUCAUCUGGAGCAGGAGGAAGCCGAAUUCAGAUUCGACUUGGCGACGGAACUCGUCUUACUCCCUCCUUCUCCCCCGAUCUCACUGUCCAGUCCCUCUACGAUUUUGUUGAUGAACACAACCCCUCUGGUCGAGAAUACGUUCUCCAGACCACAUUCCCCAAUAAGGAACUUAGAGACAAGAGCUUGACUCUGAAGGAUGCUAAGGUUAUUGGUGCUGCUAUUGUUCAGCGAUACGAGUAG